AUGGCUUUAGUCCAACGCUUUGGAAAACCGGACAUCUUUUUAACCAUGACAAGCAACCCAAGUUGGAAAGAAAUCUUAGAUGAAUUGGGUUCACAAGAAGAAGCACAAAAUCGUCCUGAUUUGAUUGCACGUAUCUUUAGAGCAAAAUUAGAAGAACUGAAGGAUGAAUUAUUCAAACGGGAGAUAUUUGGGAAAGUUUCAGCAUAUGUAUACGUCAUUGAACAUCAAAAAAGAGGAUUACCACAUGCACAUUUCUUGAUCAUACUACAAAGAGAUUGGAAAAUCUAUGCUCCAGAAUCUUUUGAUGAAAUUGUAUCAGCAGAAAUACCUGACAGAGAAAGAAAUCUACAUUUGCACAAGACAUCAGAGGAUAAAGAUUUAGAUAACCGUUGGGUUGUUCCACAUAAUCCAUAUCUCCUCGCAAAAUUUGAUUGUCACUUGAAUGUAGAAAUUUGCUCAACAAUCAAAGCAGUCAAAUACCUUUAUAAGUACAUUUAUAAAGGUCAUGAUCGUGUUGCUUUCAACUUGAUUCCUGGACAAAACAUCCAAGAUAUAGAUGAAAUCCAACAAUUUCAAUCAGCCAGAUGGAUUGCUCCACCAGAAGCUAUGUGGAGAAUAUACGGUUUUAUUCUUAAUGAAAUGCAUCCAUCAGUUUACAGUUUACAUCUACAUCUAGAAGAUCAACAUCUGGUAGCUUUUCAUGCACAUGACAACCUUAACAAUGUUCUGAGAUCUGAUUUUACGGCAAAAUCAAUGUUGACUGAAUUCUUUUCAACAAAUCAAGCUAAUGAAAAUGCACGAAAACUACUGUACAAAGAAUUUCCUGAAACUUUUGUUUGGAACCAGCAACACAAAAUAUGGACUCCAAGAAAGAAGAAAACUGUUAUAGGCCGCAUUGUUACAGCAAGUCCAUUCGAAGGUGAAAGGUAUUACUUACGGAUAUUGUUAAAUCAUAUAAGAGGCCCUUUAUCAUUUGACCACAUCAAAACAGUUGGCAAUGUCACUGCACCAACCUUUCGUGAAGCAGCUACAUUACAUGGUUUGUUACAAAGAGACACCAGUUUGCAAGAUUGUAUGCAAGAGGCUUCCUUAUACCAAAUACCACACAGUUUAAGACGGUUAUUUGCAACAAUUUUAGUAUACUGUAAUCCAACAAAUCCUAGAGAACUUUAG